GAACGACGACCCUACCGAAUACGAGGACACCUCCGGAGCUCAGGUCCGGAUUCCUUGCUCGCUCGCAGCAACUUUACCCUCUGCUUCCCCCACUCCUCGGCUCGAAUUCCGAGCAAUCAGGACAGCGCGAACCGGUCAGACACGACCCACGACGUCGACCAGCGUCUUGUCGACGGAUCGUCACAGAGAUCACGAGGCUUCUUCCCCUUUCACUGGAGCAUAUCGUCGCUCUUCCAUCCGAGUCGGCGGCAACGGCGCAGCAGCAGCAGCAGCAGCAGGCAGAGCACUACAGUAUGGCAGGCCGGUCUCUCAAACCGGCGUCAUACCUGGCAUCGGCAGCGCAGGCAGCUCCGAACCGCAGCCCACGACAGCGGCCCGCGUUCACGAGAAGCAGCUCCGGCGGCAGCGUUACCAGCACCAAGAGCGAGGACUCUAUGGUCGUUAUGCUGAAGGGGAUGGUCCUGGAGGGCAGAGAGGGGAAGGAGGAUGCUUCUGCAGGGCCCGUUGUACCAGACACCCCUGGAAGAAAGCGAAGCCAGCCCAUUGCCAUCGAGUUGCCGAGUCGAAGCCUCCCCAAAGUCUACACUCCGUUGAGCGCACGAGGAGAUCUGCCGGGAGGAUACUUUCCGCACCACGAGUCUCCUACCACCGUAACACACAAGAAGAAUCCCUUCUCCGCCAAUCCCAAGACAACAUACCCCGACUCUCCAACCAUAUCUAGCUCGACCUCUCUCGCUGCCUCGCCAGCAGAAAUGCCUUCUCCAAAGAUGCCUUCCCAUAUCCUGACCCCAAAUCUCCUCGGCCCUCCCUCACCCACGAUCCCCGAACCGCUGCUCAAGCCUAUGGGCAAAUACCACCCGUCGAACUACAAGUCCCCCGCUUCAACAGGUGUCUCGACACCAUCCAACCCCUCCGUCUCGAGCAGAACGCUGCUCCCACCAACCAACCUCGCCAUCCCCACUCUGCAAUCCAAGCGCAAGAACAAAUCGCACUCCCGACAAGGCCACGAACGGAAAUCAAGCGACGUUACGAGGAAGUUGCAGCAAUAUCAAAGAGACAUGAUCGCACAAGCUCGCUUGGCGGCACAGAGUUCGUUGGCAAGUGUGCCGGGACAGAAGAAGGAGCCAACCAGCCCGAGGCUGUUGCCGUGCGGUAGCCCGGGUCCUAUCACGCCGCUUGAGUUAGAGAUGGAUGGGGAGGAUGGGUAUAUGGUUGCUGGAUAUAGGUCGAGGGGUGGGAGUUUGAUCGGUGGAGGGUUGGAGGCGGAGAGUAACGGGCGGAGCCCGAGUGCUACCGUUUAGCUUAGUUACGUUGCGAGAAAAAGGACUGGCUGGACCGGUUCUGCUUCUCGACUCUCGAGGAGAGUGGCUUCGAUCACCGUUUGUCGGAAACAACCUCGCCGUCAGUACUCGAAACACCAAAAUGUUCAACACAACACGCAUAUAUCAUCGUCGAAACUCGACUCACAUACAUUCACGGCGCCAAAAUUUGUCCUUUUCAACCUCAUCAGCAUCAACGGUGCACGAAAAGGCUCACCAAGCGCUGGUGUGGUCUUCACUUUUCUUUCGUUUCAUUCAUUUCUUUCUUUCCUCUCGCCCGCGCGCCCGCUUUCUUGAACUGAGAGCAUUGAGUUGAGGGCUUUGAAUAA